UGCAUGUCAAAAUGCGCACGCACAUACGCACACAUUCCUCCGCCGUGCUUUCAAGGUCAUGGCAAUGAGUGGAAAUGCAAAUGCGGCUCGCCAUCCAGCUCCUGAUCACCGGAGCGACUACCGUUCUCUGCGCGACCGAUAACUCCCUAAUCUCGCAACUCCGACAAGACACCCGAGACCUUUUCUACCAUGGCUUCGACAACUACAUGUCCCAUGCCUUCCCCGACGACGAGCUGAAGCCAAUCACGUGUGGCCCUCAGACCAGGAAUCGCGACAAUCCAGCAGAUAUCGGAGUCAACGACCCUCUCGGAAACUACAGCGUCACGUUAAUCGACUCCCUGUCGACUCUCGCCAUAUUGGCCUCUGGCCCCCACGACAACAAGGACAAGCGCCACCCCUUCCGCGACUUCCAGAAUGCCGUCAAGAGCUUGGUCGAGCUGUAUGGCGACGGCACAAAGAAGAAGCCGUGUGGCAUGCGAGCGUGUGGCUUCGACUUGGACAGCAAAGUCCAGGUGUUCGAGACCAACAUUCGCGGGGUGGGUGGACUUCUCUCGGCGCAUUUGUUCGCGAGAGGCGACCUGCCCAUCAAGGGAUACACACCUGUGUGGAAGACAGGGAGGACCCCGGGCAUCAAAUGGAAGAACGGCUUCGUCUACAAUGACCAACUUCUGCGUCUGGCCUACGAUCUGGCUUCACGCCUCCUCCCAGCAUUUACCACGCCGACCGACAUCCCGUAUCCGAGAGUCAAUCUUCGGACGGGUAUCCCUUUUUACCGCCAUGCCGACAAUGGAAUGUGCAGGCUGGACGGAACUUCUACCGGUUCAAGAGACACGACUGAGAAUUGCGCGGCCGGCGCUGGCAGUCUCGUCCUGGAAUUCACAACCCUCAGCAGGCUGACUGGCGAUCCUCGCUUUGAGAAUGUGGCAAAGAAAGCAUUCUGGGCCAUUUGGAACAGGCGUUCAGGCAGCGGACUUUUAGGAAAUGGCGUCGACGCCGAAAGCGGCCUUUGGACACACCCUCCUCUAUCUGGCAUCGGCGCUGGCAUCGACUCGUUCUUCGAAUAUUCUAUCAAGUCGCACAUUCUGCUUUCGAACCUGCCUUACAACAUCAGCGAUCACCUUGCCAAUUCUCCAGAGAGUUUCUUGACUGCCUGGGAGCAGGCCCAUUCUGCAGUCAAGCACCAUGUCUAUCACAACAGUAAUCAAGAGAAGCAUCCGUAUUACGGCCAAGUCGAUUGGGCGAGUGGUGCGCCACGCUACGCUUGGAUUGAUAACUUGUCCGCAUACUACCCUGGCUUACUGGUCUUGGCCGGACAGUUGGAGGAGGCAAUUGAGUCGCAUCUUCUGUACAGUGCACUCUGGACUCGAUUCGGAGCCCUGCCAGAACGCUACAAUGUCGCUAGCAAUUUCAUCGACCGGAACUUCAAGCACUGGGUAGGCCGACCAGAGUUCAUCGAAAGCACUUUCUACUUGUAUCAAGCGACCAAAGAUCCAUACUAUCUUCACGUCGGCGAGAUGACCUUGCGCGACAUUCGGAAACGAUGCUGGACCAAGUGUGGCUGGGCUGACCUGGCAGAUGUUACAACUGGCGAGCAGCGAGAUCGCAUGGAGAGCUUCUUCCUCGGCGAGACCGCCAAGUACCUUUAUCUGCUCUUCACCGAGGACCAUCCACUCAACAAGCUCGACAAGCCUUUCGUCUUCACAACUGAAGGCCAUCCGAUGAUCAUUCCAGACCGCAUCAGACGUGCACCUCAGGACACUGAUGUUCUGCGCCAAACACGCUUGUGGGAACGACAACAGGUCUUGCCUGCCGCAACCUGCCCUGCACCACUUCCUGCCUUGCCACUUACUGCGAGCAACAUUGCAAAUCGGGAUGAUCUCUUUCAUGCUUCCGCCAUGGCUCUUCUGCACUUGACCCGACAAGAUCCAGCUCGCUCUUCGCCAUUGGCGGAGAUGUCGGAAGAGAGUCCAGGGAUAUCUUUCGCUGAUGUGAGAAGCCCGACAAAUUACACUUUCUAUCCGUGGACUCUACCAAGAACCCUGAUACCUGCCAAAGGCCUUUCGUCACCCAUACUCAGCCCAAUUAUCAGCACCCUUACCUUCCCAAAUCUGGUCAGUACUAUAAAUGAAGGUGCCGAGAAUGGGCUCGUCUCACUUGGUGCCCUGCAGAAGAUUGUAGAUGGUGUCUUGGUCAAUUCGCUCUCGAAUCUGCGCAUCAACAUGGUGCAGGAGUCGAAAAGCCUGUUGCUCCCAGACUACCGUGGUGUCCUAGUCGAGCAGCCUGCUAGCGACGAGUUCCGGAUUCAUGGGAUCGCCAACUGGGCGCUCGGACGAGAUGAGAAAGUGCUUCUCAGCGGCGAAGCUCUCAAAGGCGUCAGCCCGACCGAUCCGCACUUCACUCGCGUCAAGGACCUUGAAAUGAUUGAUCUUGUUGUGGACGUGCCCAUAUCAGCUGAGGGAAGCGACAGUGGGGGCUUUGGCGAUUUCGAGCUGGAAGUGUCCGAAAAUGUAACCAUGGACUCGCUGGUGGAAGAGCUUCAAGGCAUGAUCUCCAGCCUGUUCUCGGCGGCCUCCACGACUACGCCGCAGCCUGCGCGUCCUCCAGCAGUCGAUGCCAAUGGUAAUCCGACGCUGCUUAGACAGUACUUGCCCGCAAUUCUGGCGACUGGUCCUGGAGCCGCACCACCGCCAGCCAGCAUGGAUAUCGACCCACUUGCGGUGCCCACUGGACAACUCCUGCAUGACAAAAUCUUCUUUCUUGACGACCAACUUUGUGACCAUCGUCUCCCCGCAGCCAUUGCAAAAGGCUAUCAGGUGCUGAUCAUUAGGCGUGGAAGCUGUAGUUUCAACGACAAGCUGGCUAAUAUUCCAGCUUUUGCACCUCACCCAAGCUCGCUUCAGCUAGUCAUCGUCAUCAGCGGUCCUGAAGAUGCAGGUUCACAAGAAGGCACUUUGAUACGGCCUCUACUCGAUCAGACUCAGCUUACCCCGACAGGCAUCGAGCGAAGGCAUCCGAUUGCAAUGUGUAUGGUUAAUGGCGCUGCGAAGCCCGCUGGAAAUACUGCCGACAGCAUGUCCCACGAUGCUGAAGACCUUCUCAAACGAGUUGCCUCCGCCUCUGGUCGCUUCGUGGAUGGCAGGCUGGCCGAGGCUAGAAGGACAGGCGUUGGUGAUGGCAAGAACAAAAUUCACCUCGGCACUGGCUUAGGAGUAAAGCGAAGGUACUGGUUCGAGAGUAUGGGUGUGGUAAUCAACAACCUAUUGAUGGUCUAAACCAAAGAUUACCUCGUUGCUGAAUGGUGUUAGCUCCGCAACCAUGAGGCAGAAAUGGAGCAGGCGUUUUCACGGAGUACUGGAAUUCAACAUGGCACACAGCACGAGAUACCCAAAUUCUAGACAUUCUAGACAUCUUCUGCAAUAUCACUGAAACUGGUCUUG